AUGCUGUGGCGGCCAAUACAACGUCGGCUCCCUCUUGCCCUGACGCAUCGUGGGCUUAUCCGAUAUCGGCCAGGGCUGUUAGUCGCCAGCCACGCACGCCGACUAUCCAGUGGCUCUAGCAACUUCCCCACGUCCUCCCAGUUCAACCGUUCGGACUUUACGAACCAGCCAUAUACAGGGAGCUAUGAGCCUGGACUUCCGACUUCUGGGCCCCUUGGUUCAACCCCAGCUUUCGGUGCUCCGCGGAUUACACCGAAGGUGCUGAAACAGUAUCUCGAUCAGUAUGUGGUGGGGCAGGAUCGCGCAAAGAAGGUGUUGAGUGUAGCGGUCUAUAAUCACUACCAGCGAGUACAAGAAUUAGCACGGCGAGAGGAGGAAGCAGAAGAGCUUUCGGCGAAGCGUCAACGGAAGGAGGCACUUGAAAGCCACCCAUUAGAAGAUGAGUACCCAGGCCAGCCACGCACAGUUGGUCUUCCAUCUACGCCUAAAUCGCGCCAAGCUACACCUUUGGACCAGGCUGAGCUUGUUGAUACAUCCCCGCUCCAAUUGGACAAGUCCAAUAUUUUAUUACUAGGCCCUUCAGGUGUCGGUAAGACGCUGAUGGCUAAAACGCUGGCCCGUGUCCUGUCAGUGCCGUUUAGUAUCUCGGAUUGCACUCCUUUCACACAAGCUGGCUACAUCGGCGAAGAUGCCGAAUCUUGCGUACACCGACUACUGGCUGCUGCGAACUAUGACGUGGAGCAGGCGGAACGUGGAAUUAUUGUACUAGAUGAGGUCGAUAAAAUUGCCGCCGCCAAAGUCAGCCAUGGGAAAGAUGUUGGUGGCGAGGGAGUCCAGCAGGCACUGCUGAAGAUCAUUGAAGGCACCACGAUUCAAGUCCAGGCCAAACCAGAGAAGAAUCCUCGCACAAACAGUCCUCCUAACUCAUAUCCAUCCAAUAGUCCUUUGGGAAACACUCCCUUCCAACCACACAGCGGCAGCCCCCCAAACAAAGGUGAGGUCUACAAUGUGCGCACAGACAAUAUUCUUUUCAUCUUCUCCGGCGCCUUCGUUGGUCUGCACAAAUUGGUCAUGGAUCGAAUUUCCCGCAGCUCGAUGGGAUUUGGACAGCCCGUCCGUUCGCACGAUGUAUCCGGUCCCUCGGAUACCUCUUCCACAGAACCCCUACCCAUCCUACCUGGGUCUGAAGAAGAAGAGCUAUACAAAAAGCACCUACCUUUCUUCACCUCUGCAUCCCCCGCAUCAUGCAACGAGCCCACCUAUUUCAACGCCCUUGACCUUUUAACUCCAGCAGACCUUCAAAGCUACGGCUUCAUCCCAGAAUUGAUUGGCCGAAUUCCCGUCACCGCCGCUCUCUCAACACUAACGCAGCCCUUACUUCUGCGCAUUCUCACCGAACCCCGGAACUCCUUGCAAGUCCAAUACACCACCCUGUUUUCCCUUUCUGGAAUCGAGUUGCGUUUCACCACUCCCGCUUUGCACACUAUCGCAUCAAAUGCCUUUAAAAUGGGCACUGGUGCCCGUGCAUUGCGGACAGAAAUGGAGACUAUCCUUAGUGACGCAAUGUUCGAAGUUCCAGGAUCAAGUGUGAAAUUCGUUCUUGUCACUGAGGCUGUUGCCAAGCGUGAAGAAAAGCCUGUUUAUCUCGCCCGUGGACAGGGUGGGAAAUUUCAUGCUAUGAUCUCGGCUGAAGAAAGUGAAUGGGAAGAGAAGACAAGACGGGAGAAGAAAGAGAAGAACAAGAAGAAUGGUUCGCAGAAUGAUGGCGAGCACCCGUCAAGUUUCCAGGAAUAUCGCAAGCGCGCAGUCGGUUAG